AUGUUUGGUUGGCGAAAUGGCAAGUCCACACAAUUAUCUAAUGCCAUGUCUAUUGUGGAACUUUUGGUGCAUAUGGAUUGUGAAGGAUGCGAAAAAAGGAUACGAAGAGCGAUUUCGAAAAUACAGGGUGUGGAUAGUUUAGAAAUAGACAUGGAUAAGCAAAAGGUAACGGUGACGGGGUAUGUGGAUCAGCGGAAGGUGUUAAAGGUUGUAAGAAGAACAGGAAGGAAAGCGGAGUUUUGGCCCUUCCCAUACGACACCGAAUACUAUCCGUAUGCAUCUCAAUACCUAGACGAGUCCACGUAUUCGUCUUCCUAUAACUACUACAUGCACGGCUAUAACGAAAGCGUACAUGGCUACUUCCCGGACCCUUUAUACUCAACCGUUGCCGAUCAAACUGUACAUCUCUUCAGUGACGACAAUGUUCAUGCAUAUUGCACCCUUAUGUGA